ACCUAAAUGUGACUGUGCCCGGAUACCAUGGACAUAUUGAGUCAACACUAGAACUCCAUGUAUGUCGAUCUUUGUCGUUUCAGUGCCUUUGAUAUCGGCUGCUGAUAGAGGUAAUAUAUAUAUCAAUUAUUAAAUCUAUCUCACGCGCAGAUUUAUCCCUCUUGGUCGUGGCAACGCCGAUGUAAACGCAGGGUCGGCUAAUCGAUAUCAGUCAGACCUCAUGCUCGUGUCACGCCCUGACGUCAGAGGGAGGGCGGCAGACAGCGGGUGGGGAGGGUGCCAGAGUAUAAAAACCUCAGAGACAGACUCCGAGUUACAUUCUCUGUCCGGGUCGGUGAAACAUAUCAAAUGGAAGUACAGAGAGGCACCGGGCCCCAACAGACAAACAGCAGCAGUAUGAGCGAGUCCACGCAGAGGUCCUGCGAACCUCGCCGGAAAAGGACGGAUGAUCGCAGCGCGCCCUCAGAGAUGGCCAGGAUUAUCACGGAUCCCGUCACGGGGAAGUGCUACUGCCGGGGGAAAGUUUUGGGAAAGGUUAGCGCACAGAAUCUGAUGCCAGAUCUUCGUGGAUAUAUCUCGUUAACCCGAAGACGCAGCGUGUUAACAGUGUCUUUCCUAUUUUCAGGGAGGCUUUGCAAAGUGCUAUGAGAUGACGGAUCUCUCCACCAGCAAAGUUUAUGCAGCCAAAAUCAUCCCACACGCACGCGUCUCCAAGCCUCACCAACGAGAGAAGGUAAGCGCGCGGCUCCGGUGCGCACAGACAUCCCACGCCGAACACUUUAGAGUCGACCCCUUAAAAAUUAGUGUACAUUAAAAUCGUGUCCUUUCUGAUUUCUUCCUCACUAGAUUGAUAGAGAAAUCGAGCUGCACAGAGCUCUGCACCACAAACACAUCGUGCACUUUUAUCAUCAUUUCGAAGACAAGGAGAACAUCUACAUUUUGCUGGAAUACUGCAGUAGAAAAGUAAGUGAAGUUUUAAGAUAUCAUGUGUUCCUACCUGAGUGUUCAACUUCUCUGCAGUGUGUUUGAAAUUUUGAGAACACCCGCAUUGCACCUUCACUCCAGGAGGCAGUACAAAAGCAGCAUGCAGGGUCCCCUUCCCCUUGAAAACAUAAUUUUAUGAUACAGUAAUAGCCUUUUUUUUUUUUUAGCUCUGGUAAUUUAAAGAAAAAAAUGGCAUUGUUAUUUUCUAUAAGGAAGUUUAAGUAAAUGUACAGAAUAUAAAUAUUUGUGGUAACAGCCGUUUAAUCAUUCCUUCCUUUGCAUUGUGUGUCUUUGCAGUCAUUAGCCCACAUCCUGAAAGCUCGUAAAGUACUAACAGAGCCAGAGGUGCGUUACUAUCUACGACAAAUUGUUGCUGGCCUGAGGUACCUGCACGAGCAAGAGAUCCUUCACAGAGACCUGAAACUUGGUGAGGAAUCUUUCUGCCAUCCCCAGUCCAUCCAUGACAGUUGUGCACAAAUAUAAAGUGACUUUCUGCAGAGAGAGACGAUCCUUUGUUGUCCCUCUGCCGCUUGCUUCUCUUUCAUCAACUCAGGAGAGGAUCAGUGCCUGAUUGAGCCUUUGAUCCCGUGUGAGUACUCAUCAUUUCAUUCUCCUCCUUCCCCACAGGUAACUUCUUUGUGAGUGAGUCGAUGGAGCUCAAGGUCGGGGACUUUGGUCUUGCUGCCAAGUUGGAGCCAGCAGGAAACAGGAGGAAGACGAUCUGUGGAACUCCCAACUACCUUUCCCCUGAGGUGCUCAACAAGCAGGGCCACGGCUGUGAAUCAGACAUCUGGGCCUUAGGCUGUGUAAUGUGAGUGGGCACACUGUAAAUUCACUCCAUUAAGUUCUUAAUGUGUGAGUAACUGUAGGUUUUAUGAUUGAAUAUUAAUGGAUAAUAGAUGAUCGGCUUGAAAGGAUGCAAUGAAGUUAUAUUUUCAAGAAUUUCACCAUCUUUACUCGUCAGAUAAAGAACAUGGUAGGGCUGAAAAGAAGUUAAUUAUGCCCUUUAUCCCCUGACAGGUACACAAUGCUUCUGGGGAGGCCGCCAUUUGAAACCACCAACUUGAAGGAGACAUAUAAGUGUAUAAGAGAGGCACGUUACUCCCUGCCCUCCUCCUUGUCACCACAAGCUAAGCAGUUAAUUGCUAACCUUCUUGCAAAGAUCCCAGAAGACCGACCCAACCUGGACCACAUUCUGAGGCACGACUUCUUCACACAGGUUAGAUAGACAUCAUUGUCUUGUCUCCCUGACCCCUUUCUCUCUGCGUGCUGCCUGUCCUUCUUGCUAGAUGUCACAUUGUUGGCUCAUGAGAGUGACCCCCAAACCACCAGUUGCACACUGACCCACUUUCUCCCUCUCCACAGGGCUUUAGUCCAGAGCGUCUGCCACCGAGCUGUUGCCACUCAGCACCAGAUUUCCACGUCUCUAGCCCGGCCAAAAGCUUCUUCAAGAAAGCUGCUGCUGCACUCUUUGGUGGGAAGAGAGACAAGGUCAAGUACUACGAGACUCUGAGUGAGUGUUGCAUGAGCUACUGAGCACUCGUGUACCGAAAAAUCACACCACUUUUUAGAAAAUUGAUUGAAAAUAACUACAGACAAAACAUUUUAAGUAUAUUUCACAUUUUCUUCCUGUUUUGGUGGUUGAAGUAUCUGCAGGUUAAGAGGUCAAUGAUUUAUUUAUUUAUUUUUUGCUGUUUUUUUGCUUGUUAAAGACAAACUAACCAAAGAGGAAGAGGAGAUCUACAAACUGCAGCACGACAUGGAGAGAACUGCCAUCAGCCAGCAACACUGCAAAAAAAUCUCUGAGGUAAGAGGUCAUUUAAUCUGCAUAAAUCAAAAUAUUUGCCUCAGAGUAGGAGAGGUUUUUUUUUUUUUCAUGAGGCCAUUAAGAGAACAGGUUGACUAGAAAUUUUAUGCUGAGGAGAAUAAAGUGAGUCAUUCUGAUGCAGCACUGAACUUUAUAACAAGCACAGUUUCAGAACAAACUAAAAAGCACUUAUUGCCAGCCUCCCAGCCAGCCACUCUGAAUCUGUGGGUGACGGCUGAGUCAGAGUAGGAAGAGAUGAUCUAAACUCCCAGAUUCUCACUCCUGUCGUCACCGAUUCCCACCUCAGAAUGGAAGUCUACUUCCGCCAUCUGCCGAGAGACCUGUCGCCCCGGCAACAGAGAGCCAGUCCCCGACGACGCGAGACACCAUCCGCCUCAUCGUCAGAGGGAGUCUGGGGAGCUGCAGUAGCAGUAGUGAAUGUAAGUUCAUCUCGUUACGCACGUAAUGACAGACAUGAAUGUGAUUUAAAAUGGCAAACAAAAGCUACAUGCGUAAGAGAGGAAUCAAGCUAAAUGACAUCCUUUUGUUUUUGUUCCUAAAGGCCUCGAAGACAGCACAACAGGAAGCGUGGCUGAGACUGUUGCCAGUGUUUUAAGAGGAUGCCUGGAGAAUAUGCCCAACGGUGAGGGCACUUGUUGCAAUGAUUUGUAAAACCAUUAUCUACACAGGGGGCUUGGUUUUGAGAACGCUUCAUACAAGGAAAAGGGAGAAGUUUACUUACAAAGUAUAUUUAGCAAGAAGAAGAAGAAGAAGAAGUGCUUUAUGGAAGACAACAAAAGCAUAAGGAUACUUGUGUAUUUGAGCUCAGGAGAUUGAUGUUUAGAUAGAUACACUCCCUAAUUUUGUUAACCAAAUUCCCCUCCUGCUCAGUGUUCGUUUAAAAAAAUCAACUAUACAGUUUAUGGCUAAGUUUCAGGAAGCCUGAGGAAAUGUUAGUGUUAGGUGAAGCUCCAGGGGCUUAAACAGGGUCAGGGGUUGUAUGGGGUUGCGCAGUUAUGCCUCUUCUCAAAUCCUUCCUGUAAUUGUAUUCUAAUCCUCCGCCUCCCUCUGCCCUCUCACCCUGCAGCGGAUGACACUCCUCAGGGCUCAAACAGCUGCAACCUCCAGUGGGUGACUAAAUGGGUGGACUACUCCAAUAAGUACGGUUUUGGCUACCAGUUGUCUGAUCACACUGUGGGAGUCCUCUUCAACAACGGCACUCAUAUGAGCCUCCUGCCAGACAGAAAGUAGGCACUACUCAAAGCUUUCACUGCACUCCACCUUCAUUUUGAAAGUUGUUAGUCACUCCAUAUAAUGGAGGUAGCUUGUUUAAGCAUGCUUAAGUAAAUUGAAACACUCUUUGGAAGGUGUGCUGAACCGCAAUGAUAGCUUUAACUUUUUCCAUUUGAGUGUGAUAUUUUGUUUUUUGCCUUAAUAUAAGCGAAAACGAUGGAUUCCAUUCUAACUAAAAUACUUGCUUUAGUUUUUCGAAACAUUUUUAUUUAAACAUAGAAAAAAUGUAUUUGAGGAAGCUUUAGCUUUGUUCUCUUUAGUUGAAUAUUUGUUUAUGUAAGCGUAUGCUAAUCUCUUCAUCUCCUUUGUGUUUCUUCAGGACAAUCCAUUACUAUGCAGAGCUGGGUCAGCGCUCUGUGUUCCCCACUUGUGAGGUUCCAGAGCACUUUGUGGGCCAGGUGACCGUGCUCAAGUACUUUUCCCACUACAUGGAGGAGAACCUGAUGGAUGUAAGUAAACAUCUCUAUCAUCCCCACACCUCUUUCUUUUGUCUUCUCAUCCCUAGAGCGAUAGAAACUGUAUUUUCAUGUCACAGCCUGUCUAAUCCUAAUGUGUGACUCCUUUGCUUUUCUCAGGGUGGGGACCUAGGUAGUAUGACAGACGCACACAUGCCCAGACUCUACCUGCUGCAGUGGCUCAAAUCCGACCGCGCCCUUAUGAUGCUCUUUAACGACGGCACCUUUCAGGUAAACAGGAGUGCAACGGUUGCUGGGCAUGCUCAGAAGAGUACUGUUUGGGUGCAAGUCAUAACAGUUUCUGUGUGGUUUGUUAUGUCUGGUAAACUCAUAUGGGCUGGGCACCUUUAAUGCAUUGCAUGUUGAAGAGUGAAGUACUACCAUUGCUCCAGUGCAACAAAGGGAGGCAGAAAUUGACAAAAGAAAAAAAAAAAACACAAAAAUAACAAACCUUUUCCAUCUCCACAGAUCAACUUCUACCACGACCAUACCAAGAUCAUCCUGUGCUGCCAGAGGGACGAGUACAUGCUCACAUACAUCAAUGAAGAUCGUGUCUCCAAAACCUUCAAACUGAGCUCCCUGCUGAAGUCUGGCUGCCCCAACGACCUGCGUGAACGCAUGGUGUACUCUCUCAACAUGCUUCUGCAGAGGUGCAGCUAAACCCACAAAGAUAUUUUGGACUAUGUUGAAACAUACUGAUCUACACAGCGUGUUGCCGCAGUGCUGCAGUGAAACCUGGAUCUGUGCAAGAAGAGACAACGUGAGGACGGACCUAUGAAAAGUUAAUUAACAUUCCCACACUGUUGCACCUUGGUGACUCAGCAGAGGUGCCCAUGGAAAAAUAAUACAGACAGACUCUGUGGAUGGGGAAAUGAAAUGUAGCGCAAUGGAUGCUUAAGGGCUGAUUUGUAUGUUGAUUGUUAAAGGAAAGGAUUUAGUGAGGCUGUUGAAGGGAGUACGUUGGUACGAAUGUGAAAAGAGGGAUGUUUGGGAAGUGAGGACCAACGCUGGGCUGGCACCAGCUUAAACGUGUACAGAGUAGUUGAUGCUGUUUUAUAAAGAAAAUCCAUAGACUAUAGCUCUGAAUGUAACCAGAGCUAAACCAUGGAAUCCUGUAAAUGAUGUACAGUGAAUGUAACAGCCCACUCAGCAGUGCAAAGACAUGAUUGCUAAUGUGUGCGGAAGCUACUGAGUCCACCUGUUUAUACGUGUGUGAGAGUGCGUGCGUGUGAGUGGGACGAGUGUAUCAUCACGCUAACUCUAAAAAACUGUGAUUUGUUCUGUUAGCUGACAGAUGGACUCAGCACACUGAGCUGAGAAACAGUGGGGUGAUGUUAGAGAGAGGGAGGAGAGAAGGGGAACAGGAGGAGAUAACAAUUGGCUAAAAAAAAAGUACCAAGGAUCCUCCAAGGGUCAGUUAAGAGCCAUUAUCAGCUUGGUAGAUAAUGUCCUACUUAAGUUAUUGUGUAAAAAAAAGCGCAGUAUUUAUUUAUUUAAUAAUAAAAAUCAUUUUGUUAAAAAAAAAA